AAUUAAUAAAACCCUAAAUUUGCAAAACAUAUCAAACUCUCUUUUUUUCCCCUUUCUCCUUUUUCUUUAGCACAGUGAAAACACCUUCUUCUUCUUCUUUUCUUCUUUUUUUUUUACAGUGAAUUCUUUGCUCUCUUAUGGAUUCUCAAGAAUCACCAUUAGUACACCACCCACCCCAAUUUCUACCACCACCCCUACCCCCACAUAGCCAUGGAAUAAUGGCGGCACCACCAACCCCACCACCACCUCAAUCCCAACCCCAAACCCAACUCCACCAACAAGAACAACCAAACUCCUACAUUUUACCCACAAAUGCCAUUUUUCAGCAACCCCAACAACAACAUAACCUUCAAUUUCCUUUCAAUUCAGUUUCUGGGCAAAACCCAAAACCCAAUUUUCUCGAUCAUUCUGACGGAUCAUCUGUUGCUGCUGCUGCUUCUGCUGCUGGGGCUGGGGCUGGGGCUAAGAAGAAGAGAGGUCGGCCGAGGAAGUAUUCUGCUGAUGGUAACAACGGUUUGGGUCAUUCUCCUACUCCAAUUGCACAAAUUCCGGUGAAUCAUGCUGAUUCUGGCGGUGGUGGUGUUAAUGGGGCUUCUUCUUCCGAAAACCCCUCUAAGAAGGGUCGUGGGAGGCCCCCGGGCUCCGGAAAGAAGCAAAAGCAAGAAGCUUUAGGUGCAGUUGGAUUUGGAUUUACGCCACACAUAAUCCCUGUGCACACCGGGGAGGACAUUGCAAAUAAGGUAAUGACUUUCUCACUGCAAGGACCACGGGCAGUUUGUAUUCUAUCUGGCACUGGAGUCGUAUGUAAUGUCACCCUCCGGCAGUCUAUAAUAGGUGGUGGCACUGUGACGUAUGAGGGUCAAUUUAACAUCAUCUCGUUAUCGGGGUCUUUCUUGCUGUCAGAAAAAAAUGGUAACCGUAGCAGAACAGGUGGUCUUAGCGUGUCACUAUCUGGGCCAGAUGGUAGAGUUUUGGGCGGAGUUGUUGCUGGAAGUCUCAAGGCUGCCUCUCCGGUACAGCUGGUUGUGGGUAGCUUCAUUCCAGAAAAGGAAAAGCCUAUGUCUGAGGCACCAUCUUCAACUCCACCUCCCAAUAUGUUGAAUUUUUGUGCUCCGGUCACUGAGGCGAGCUCUCCUUCCCCGGGUGCCUCAAGUGACUCAGCUGAUGAGAACGGUGGUAGCCCUCUCAGUCACGAACGAGGACCUUUUGGUAAUACUGCUCAACCUAUGCAUAAUUCUGCUCAACCAAUGCACGGUAUCCCAACGUACUGGGGUCAAGCAAUGUGAAAAAGCUUCCUUCGAUUUCUUGAUUCCCGCCACUGAUCGCAAAUCCGAAUGGGGCAGAUUUUAGGCCUUAGGUUUAGUUCUUGACUUCAGCUUGCUUUCAAUUUUAGUCGUAGUAUAUGUUAGGGCAGAUUUGUUUAUUCUCAAAUUGACAAACCAAUGCAAUUAUAUUAGCAAACUUUCUUCUGGAUUAGGUCUUAAUGCAAUUUCUCCUUGUUGCCAUAAUAGUGCUUUCUUUCUUA